AAAAAUAAAAACCGCCGAAUCCAAUUUACUUCUUUAGUUGAGAGAAACGGGGCAGGCACUGAGUAAGCACACAAAAUUGAAGCAACCUAUAUGAGUGUUCUUGAUCAAAAGCUUCUUUCUCAGAUUAUCAUUUCUCCUAAAAAUUAGUCCUUUUAAGCAAAUUAAUCCCAAAGAUUGAUACUUUGUUUUCCUGAGAUUCUUCUUUUACUUCACUGUUUCUGGGUUUUGUAAUUUGAUGGUGAUGGAUGAUAAAGAUAAAUAUCGCGAAGUAGUAGAACAUUGGUCUUGCGAAGGUACUUCUCCAGCUCUAAUGGUUGGAGAUUCUACUGAGAUAACAGAAAUGCUAUCACCGAGCCAACAUCAACGAUGGCGAGGCCUUGUGUUAGAUAUACAAUCGAGAGAAGCUCAUGGCGAUUUCUUGAGAGCAAAUGGUUCCUUAAUUCAUAGCCCCGUUUCCAAAAGGUUCAAGUUUUCUCCAAUGUCCAGCCCUAGAACUGGGAGACGUGUUGGAUCAAUGAGUCCUUCCUCGUCAAGAAACAGAACGAAUCAGAAGAAUUUCAAAAACAGGAACCACAGUGCAGAUAUUGAGGAAGGUGUUGUGUCCCCUUUAGGAGAUGGUAGUGAUAAGUCUUAUAUUCCAAGAACAUGGUCUCUCACUAAUCUCUUAGCUCCUAGAAAAUCUAAGAAGACAGAGUCUUUUAUAACUCACUCAAACCCUGAGUCCAUGAACGGGAGGUAUGCCGUUGAGGUUGAUCCGGUUACAUCCAUGAAAGGGGAGCGUUUACUGCCUAUUCGUCGUACACGCUCUGUCCCCACAUUCUUCAACAAAGAUGGAAGUGUAAAGCCGUCAAGUGUUUUCCGCGUGAUUCCUACUCCGUCUCGUGGGGAUGAGAAGAGACUAGAGAUGACGCAGGCAUCGAAAUUGAGUAAACUCCACGAUGAAAAUGAUGAUGGUGGAGAAGAUGUUCCUGAAGAAGAAGCUGUGUGUAGAAUCUGUAUGGUUGAAAUGGAAGAAGAUGAAGAAGCUUUUAAGAUGGAAUGUAUGUGCAAAGGGGAACUAGCUCUUGCCCACAAAACGUGCACUAUCAAAUGGUUUACAAUUAAAGGGAACAUAACAUGUGAUGUGUGUAAGCAAGAGGUGAGAAAUCUCCCGGUUACCCUUCUACGUGUGCAGGAUUCUCAAAACCGUUCUAGAGCAGCCAGGGAUAUCGAGAUUUCACGGUUCAAUAAUGUAUGGCAAGAUAUUCCAAUUCUUGUCAUUGUAAGCAUGCUUGCAUACUUCUGUUUCCUUGAACAGCUUCUGAUUAUAGAUAUGAAAUCUAGCGCCGUUGCAAUAGCUUUACCGUUCUCUUGCAUUAUCGGUCUUCUUGCAUCAAUGAUAUCAACAACAAUGGGUAAUAAAGAAGCUACUUCGAAAUUAUAUAUUUUUUCGUAUUCUAUAUUGAUCAUCAGUCUUAAGUGGUUUGGUUUGUUGCAGUGAAGAAGAACUAUGUAUGGAUCUACGCCACCGUUCAGUUCGGUUUUGUGGUCCUUUUCGCUCAGCUUUUCUACAGAGUUGUAAGAUUUGAUGUGAAGCAGCCGGUAAUGUGCAUUGUCUUAGCCACUAUGAUCGGAUUUGGACUCACCAUGACCGGCACAACAGCUAUUAACGAGUAUUUGAAAUGGAGGAGAAGCAAUUCCCACCUGCCAGAAGAGCCAGCAAGUACUCAGGUGGUUUGACAGCAGCGUAGAUCUUUUGAGUGAAGCUAGAGUCCCUAAAGGGUUGGAUCGGUUUUCAAUUAACCGGUCGGGAUUCGGUUUUCGGUUUAGCUUUAAUCGACUUGUCUAGGUUGAGAUCAGAUUUGGUUUUCAAUACUUCCAAGUCUUUUUUUUUUUGCCAACUAAAAUAUAAGGAAUGAUGAUAGGCACACACAUGACACAUAAAAUCAUAAUGAACAGUAGUAUGAUUAGCAAUCCAUAUUUCUUGGAUAACACUUCUUCACAGCUUUUUUGACAGGUCACUAUAACACCUUUUUCAGUUCAUUUUUCAUUUUCAAUCCUCACCCACCCAAACUCUCCCUUCAAAGCAAUGUCUCUCCUC